GUUUUUUCCUGAAAGCAACUGCGAUUGCGGAACGCUGAUAAUUGUAAAGUUGAGUAUGGAGCUGCUUUCCAAUUUCAUGAGUUUUGAGAAGACUAGCACUAUCCUGCCUAUAAUGCUGGUAUAAAAUCUGCGUGUGUUAAUCAGGUGACGAUGCCACCACGAUGGCGAAGGGCGUGAGCAGUGCCAGUCGGAGUGUGCCCAUUGUGCUGGUGUGUUUGGGCGCACUGCUAUUCGCCAAUGUCCUCAUCUACUUUUACAUCGAGUCCCUGUACCAGAUCAGUGAGACGCACGUGUCUCCCCAUGGUGACUGUCCGCCGAGACACUUCAAAAUGGGCACCAUGAAGAAUUGUUCUCCCUGGCUACAGUGCCCUGCUGUGCGCAUGGAGGUGCGCAAGUUAAAGAUGAUUGGCCAGGGAGCUGUGAAGCAGGUCUUCCUGUCUGAAUGGAAGGGCCACAAAGUGGCGGUGUCCAAGCUGUCGACGCUGGAGUACCAAGAGGAUUUUCUGCACGGGUUGGCCAUGCUGCAAGCACUGCAAGGCCCCCACGUGGUGCUCCUGGUUGGGUUGUGUGUGGAAGACCACACUUUCGUCACUGAGUACCAUCCGCUGGGCUCUCUGCUCAACCUGGACUCUGUGCUGGAGCAGGAGAAGUACCGCAAGCUGGACACCUGGCAGACCCGCCUGCGCCUGGCCCUGGAGUACGUCUCGGCCCUGCAUUACCUCCACAACAGCCCUGUGGGCACGCGUGUCAUGUGUGACUCCAACGACCUGGGCAAGACCCUCUCCCAGUUCCUGCUGACCAGCGACUUCCACCUGGUGGCCAACGACCUGGACGCCCUGCCAGCCGUGGAGAGGGCCCGGGGCGGACUGGUCAAGUGCGGCAGCCGGGAGCUCCAGGGCGAGUUUGUGGCCCCCGAGCAGCUGUGGCCCCACGGUGAGGGCAUGCCCUUCUCAGACGAGCUCAUGCCCGGGUAUGACGAGAAGACGGAUGUGUGGAAGGUUCCGGAAGUGGCGCGCUUCCUGCUGGGGAGGGUGCCGGGCGGAGACGUGGCCCAUUUCCACCUCUUUCAGAUCCACAGCCAGUGCAAGAGGAAGGAUCCGGCCAGCCGGCCCUCUGCCCGCGAUGUGCUGGGCGUGUACAGGACGGUCUAUGCCAACAUGAUGAAAGAUAACCCCAGCCCCGGCUCCAGAGACAUGCUCUGAAUCCUCUCCACCCCUUCCAAAUGCCAAUUUCCCUGUACUGAGAUCCUACUGACCCGAAAUUAAAGGAUUUAAUUAACUGA